UCUGCGCAAGUUUAAUUUCGCGCAGACUCCACAGCAUCACUAGAUCUUUGAGUUUCAGUACCAAAAUUCCGUGGAGAGCAAACGGAGCUUCUCUCGAUUAAAUAAUAUUUUCAUUAUUCAAAUACACUAUUUUACUUGUUUGAUAAAUAUUAAAGUUAUAAAUGAUAUUUAAUAAUAAUUGUGAAUUUAUUUUGAGAAAUAUUUAAAUAUUUUUUGAAUUUUAAUCUUUAUUUGUGAUGGCUGAUCACGACAAUAUGUAUGAUGAUGAGGAGUUGGUGUCGACAAAUCCAAACCAAAGGAACUGGCGAGGAAUACUAAUUGCCCUCCUCGUUAUUAUCGCUGUCCUGGCGUUGAUAGUGACAUCAGUAGCACUUUUAACACCACCUGAUGAAGGUCCACGGGUCCGGGGGACGCGACUACGUUUGUCAGAAAUAUUAACUGGUGAAUUAACACCAUCUCCAUUCAAUGGAACUUGGGUAAGCAACCGACACAUAUGCUUCCUCGAUUCUUGGGGUGGUAUUUCACUCCUCGAUGCUCUUGAUCCGAAUGCAACAGCUCAGAGUCUUAUGCCAAAUGAAACUUUUAGGCGUCUGAAUCCCGAGACAUUUUCUCUCUCACCCGAUCAUCGAUAUCUUCUGCUGUCCCAGAAUGUCGAGAAGCUAUUUAGGUUCACCUCUCUUGCGCAAUACAUUAUUUAUGACGUUAACACACGAGAAAUAAUACCUCUGACCCCGAAUCCAGAGAAAUAUGUUCACCCUUAUCUGCUAUACGCACAAUGGACUCCACGAGGUCAUGGCCUCGUCAUGAUUCAGGAUUAUGAUAUUUACUACAAAACUAGUCCAACAUCCAGCCUCGAAUAUCGCGUGACUGACACUGCAGUACCGGGCAUAGUAUCCAAUGGUUUUCCCGACUGGCUUUAUGAAGAGGAAAUUCUCCAAAGCCCAAGUGCUCUCUGGAUGUCAAAAGAUGGCCACAUGAUGUUAUAUGCAACAUUCAACGAUUCCCUAGUAGAAGAAGCCCACAUUCCAUGGUUUGGAGAAGAGAAUCAGAAGCUUUACUCAGAAUCCUCAUCACUUAGAUACCCACGGCCUGGCACACCAAAUCCUCAAGUAAAGCUUUUUGUCGCAGAUUUAGCUGAUCCUAAGGAUAUUUCUGUUAAAGCAGUUAAACCUCCACUUGUUAUAGAACAUGUGGAACACUAUUUCACCACUGUUUCUUGGGUUUCAUUAACGGAAGUGACGAUAACUUGGCUGACGCGUGCUCAAAAUCUAUCAGUCAUCACAGUGUGCAAAAGUCCAUUAUGGCAUUGCCAGGAAACUCAGAGAAUUAGUGAAAGUCGUGGUUGGGUUGAUAUUGUAUCAGAUCCCCCUUUCUUUUCAUUAAAUAGCAGUAGUUAUAUCACGAUAGCCCCUGUAAGGGAUGGUCCGGCUGGCUUUUUCAAACAUAUUGUUUGGGUCAAUGUUGCUAAAAAGCAAGUAUUACCACUGACUCAUGGUCGACGUGAAGUCGUUAAAAUUCUUGCAUGGGACCAAGUUAGCAAUAUUAUAUAUUUUCUAGGAAUUCCUUCAUUAAAGCCAGCUCAGCGCCAUUUAUAUAGAGUAAGCUCCGUCCUCCCGGAAAUUGGAUCAUCAUUACAUCCAGCUUUUUGCAUCACUUGCGUUGCUUCAACGCCAGAAAAUCAUUCAUCAUUGAUUGAGACCGAGAGUGAAUUUCAAUUGGGAUUAUCGGGAGUUUCUGGCUGGUUGGACACCGAUUGGAGUGAGAAAGUGGAUACUGCUGAGGAAGACGAAGAUGAAAAAUCAACUGAAGAGACUUCUGUCGAAAGUAAAAGUUCCAAAAAGUCCAAGAAAAUUAAUAAACCUGUGGUUGAAACGUGUUCAUAUCACAAUGCAAUAUUUUCUCCGGGAUUGGACUACUUCAUUCUAGAGUGCUUAGGUCCUGGUGUUCCAACAGUGUCUUUGUAUAAAACAGAAACUCCAAAGCCACGAUUCAUAAGGCUUCUUCAAAACAACACGGCAUUAAAGGAAAGGCUAUCAAAAAUAGCAUUACCACAAAUAAAAACAUUCCCAGUACAAAUAAGUGGAGGUUAUAAUGCUCAAGUUCGACUUUAUUUACCACCCGGAUUGAGAGAAGAUGAAAUAACGCGUUAUUCAAUGGUGGUUCAAGUAUAUGGAAGUCCAGGAACUCAGUUAGUAACAGACGAAUUUAAAAUCGACUGGAACACCUACCUAGCAAGCCGAAAGAAUGUUAUCGUGGCACAAAUUGACGGAAGAGGAAGUGGAGGACAAGGAUACAAAAUGCUAUACGAGGUGUACUACAGGCUUGGUACAGUUGAAGUUGCUGAUCAGCUGGAGGUGACAGAGUAUUUACGUGAUUCACUGCACUUCGUUGACAAACGACGCGUGGCUAUUUGGGGUUGGAGCUAUGGUGGUUUCGUCGCUGCUCUAGCACUAGCAGAUCCUGGACAAGACGUCUUUCAGUGUGGUGUUAGCGUGGCUCCGAUCGUUUCAUGGAAGUUAUAUGAUUCAGUAUUCGCUGAAAGAUAUAUGGGAUUACCAAACGUAACGUCUAAUUACAAAGGAUAUUUGGAAUCUGAUGUAUCCAACAAAAUAGAAUUUCUACGAGACAAAAUGUAUUACUUGAUCCAUGGAACUGCUGAUGAUCUUGUGCAAUUUAAACAAUCAAUGACACUAGCGCAUCAUCUUUCAAAGAAAGGAAUAGUAUAUCGUCAACAGGUUUAUCCUGAUGUUGGACAUAGUUUAAAUGGAGUAACUGGCCAUUUAUAUCUGUCGAUAGCACAAUUCUUUGAUGAUUGUUUUCUCAAACAAAUACCUGUUGAUUCUAAGGCUGGGUUAGGAAGUGGUGGUGCUGAUAUUUAAUAUCAUUUCGUUAUCAUUUAGAAAUGAUUUUUAGAAUAUCAAUGGUUAUGUAGAAUAUUCCAACUCCUGAUUACAAAUAAAUUUCAUUCCAAUCCUAA